AAACGCUCCAUUUUACCACCUCUUCCUAAUUACAUGUCUUUAACUCCUACCAAAACAGAAAGAAUACAAAUACACCACAAAAACAAAAAAAGGUGAAAAAAAAAAAAGAAAAUCCAGUUUUCACCAUCGCACGUGGGACCCAUUCCUACACACACUCUGCAGCGGUUAUGGAUUUGCUGUCUGUAUUCAUCUCCGCUGUCAGUCACACACACACACACACACAGAGAAGACAUGACCAUUAUGAUCUCGACCCAUCACCUCCAUUUUCCCUCUCAAAUCUAUCCCACCAUUUUUUAUUUUUUUCACUGCAUUUUCUUGGCCUUUUUCCCCUCAUUUUUAAAAGUAUAAAUUCCAAUUUUUUCACCACCAUUAAUGAUUUAAUUACUAACCCCCCCCUUCAGUUCCCCUUCAUAUAGAAAUAUCUUCCUCCCAUUUCAUUUCCUCCCUCCUCAAACCAUUCCUUCCCCCAAUCUCUCUUCCUUCUCUCUCUCUCUCUCUCUCUUAAAAAGAAGGGCAAAAAAAAAAAUUUAGAAAAAAAACCCAGCAAAAAAAAUGAGGGAAAUCUUGCACAUUCAGGGAGGGCAAUGCGGUAACCAAAUCGGUUCCAAAUUUUGGGAAGUUAUCUGCGACGAGCACGGCGUUGACCCCACCGGACGUUACAAGGGUGAUGGUUCCAAUGACCUUCAACUGGAACGCAUCAAUGUGUAUUUCAACGAGGCUUCCGGCGGCCGGUAUGUUCCUCGGGCCGUUCUCAUGGAUCUUGAGCCCGGUACCAUGGACAGCAUCAGAUCGGGUCCUUAUGGUCAGAUCUUCAGGCCCGAUAACUUUGUCUUCGGACAGUCCGGUGCCGGUAACAACUGGGCUAAGGGACAUUACACCGAGGGUGCUGAAUUGAUUGAUGCUGUUCUUGACGUUGUUCGUAAAGAAGCCGAAAACUGUGAUUGCUUGCAAGGAUUUCAAGUGUGUCACUCUCUUGGUGGAGGUACUGGAUCUGGCAUGGGAACCCUUUUGAUCUCAAAGAUCAGGGAGGAAUACCCAGACAGAAUGAUGCUCACUUUCUCAGUGUUCCCUUCACCAAAGGUUUCUGACACUGUUGUGGAACCCUAUAAUGCCACCCUCUCAGUUCACCAGCUGGUGGAGAAUGCUGAUGAAUGUAUGGUCCUUGACAAUGAAGCUCUAUAUGAUAUUUGUUUCAGGACUCUCAAGCUCAGCACUCCUAGCUUUGGUGACUUGAAUCAUUUGAUUUCUGCAACAAUGAGUGGUGUUACCUGCUGUUUGAGAUUCCCAGGACAGCUCAACUCGGACUUGAGGAAGCUGGCUGUGAACUUGAUACCAUUCCCUCGUCUUCACUUCUUCAUGGUGGGAUUUGCACCGCUUACCUCCCGCGGUUCACAGCAGUACAUAUCUCUCACUGUCCCUGAGCUUACACAACAAAUGUGGGAUGCGAAGAACAUGAUGUGUGCUGCUGAUCCUCGCCAUGGGCGUUACCUGACUGCCUCUGCUAUGUUCAGAGGGAAGAUGAGCACCAAAGAGGUGGAUGAGCAGAUGAUCAACGUUCAGAACAAGAACUCUUCAUACUUUGUGGAAUGGAUCCCUAACAAUGUCAAGUCUAGUGUGUGUGAUAUUCCUCCUACUGGACUUAAGAUGGCUUCCACUUUUGUUGGGAAUUCCACAUCAAUUCAAGAGAUGUUUAGGAGAGUGAGUGAGCAGUUUACUGCCAUGUACCGGCGCAAGGCUUUCUUGCAUUGGUAUACAGGGGAAGGGAUGGAUGAAAUGGAGUUUACUGAAGCUGAGAGCAACAUGAAUGAUUUGGUGGCAGAGUAUCAACAAUACCAGGAUGCUACUGCUGAGGAUGAGGAUGAUUAUGAACAGGAUGGAGAGCCGGAGGCAUAUGAAUGAACGAUGAGAUGAGCACCUUUUUGAAAGUCCCAAAUGAUAUAUAUACUCUCUAAAUGCAGCAUCUUAUUUUGAAGUAUUGUUACUGUGAAGUGGAUGAUGAUAUUUGUUUCUUUCUGCUCCUCAUUUGUUGUUCAGUUUCCAUGCAACUUUGCAGCUUGUGCUUGUAUCAUUAUUACUCUCUAUUACUAUUAGUUUCUAUUGUUUGAUUCAAGAGCGCUCUUUUAAUUUUCUUUUAUUCGGUUGCAUAUAUCACUAAUUCUUGCAGAGUAUAUUUCUGGAUGUGUGGCCAAAUGCC